AUGGACGCCUUCAACCGGUCGCCCAAUCGAACUAACCCGAGCGACCAAAACGUGGUAAAAAACCCAGCCAUGAUCCCGAACAAGAUAAAAUACAACCCCGCGUCCGUGGCUUUCGUGAACCCUUUAAACAAAAACGAAAACACCACCACCACCGCGGCGACGGUGAAGAGAAUCAACUGCCCCCAAAACCCCCAUCGGCCUAACGUUUUGCACGCCGCUGCCGUUCGAGACACUUUACGCGCGAUCGAUUCCGCGUUAUCCACCGACGCUUUCGUCGUCACAAAUAAAGCUCUGCUUCUUCUCUGUCUCGUCGUCGUCAAAUGCGCAUCUGAUUCACCGCCAAAUAAACCGCCGCUUUUGUUGGACGCCUUCACAGUUCUCGGGGAAAAGACGCAUUUGGACGCAACAAUUUUUGAAUCAAUUCUCCCUCCCCCUCGUUUACCUCCUCCUCCUCGUGAAAGAAACGACGACGAUUGCGCGACCGCCCUCCUUUGCCUCAAACACAACGGAGAAGUUCGCGGUUGUUGUCCCGUUUGGGAGAAGAGCCCCUGCAUCGGCGAAGGCGUCAGUAAAUGCAUGCGAUACGGAGAGACACACGAAAGAUACGAGAGUUUUUUUGUGCAGUUGUACGAAUAA